UGCAAUCACAACAAUAUCAAAUGAAUGACAAUCUUUGGUCAAAUUCAGCACAAGAUGAUAUGCAGUUUUUUGGAGCUCUUUAUCAGGACUAUUCUCAACCUGAUUUUAUUCCUUUAAUUGCUCCUUUGGUGCCUUCUUCCAAUACGAAUAUGCAACAAAGACCAGUAGAUUUGAGCUUGGAUAUUCAACCUUGUAUUUCAAUUACAGAACCUACGCCUAUUCAACAUAGACCAUUACAGCCAUUGUCUAAUGAAGCCAUUCUAAAUCAAAUCAUGGACCCAGCUUCAAUAUUAGACGAUCUCUUAAUGGCACAGAAUGAUACAGUAGACUGGUUGAGCUGGACACCUGCUAAUGGCUCACCUAUCUCAGUUGGCAGUAACUCAUUCGACGAUCAAUUCUCAAGCUAUUCAAGCUCAUCUCAAGAUGUAUUCAUGACUUACAGCACAGGUCAUCCCUCACCUUCUUCCUCUUCGUAUUUUGAUAUGGGAUUUGAAAGCAAUACCUUGACUGUGAAAAAACCUAAUAGAUCACGAAGAGUUUCAGAACCACCUAAAUUGUCUGAUUCAUUUCAAGAACUUUUACAACAAACCAGUGUUCCCCCACCUCCUGCUCGUACUAGCAGGAAACGACCAAGAAGCCACUCUUCAGCAUCUGCACCUGGCCUUCAUAUGUGUUCUCAUCCUGGUUGUGGUAAAUCCUUCACUCGUCCUUAUAACUUGACUUCACAUAUGCGUACUCAUACUGCCGAUCGUCCUUUUGCUUGUUCUCAAUGUGGUCGUAAAUUUGCUCGUCAGCAUGAUCGUAACAGACAUGAAAAGUUACAUUGGGGCAUUAAGCCUUAUGCCUGUAUGCAUUGCAACAAACCAUUUGCUCGCAUGGAUGCUUUAAAUCGUCAUCUUAGAGUAGAAAAUGGAUGCCAACAACAAGCACAAGCUGCUGCUUCUGCUGCUGCUGCUUCUGCUGCUGCUGCUAAUCAAAUGGCUUUUGUUUCUUAAAACCUUGUAUAUAUACAUAUUUAUAUCAUAUUAAACUAUUUGUACAUAUAUCCUCUUUAUCAAAAUGUUC